CAGGCUCAGAGACCAUAUGCUAGGAGGGGGUGCCUACAUUGUGUCUAUUGUAUGUUUUUUCUUUUUUUCCCCUGGCAUUUUGUACAUUUCACGGGAGGUUUAAAUCGGGAGUGAAAAGCAUGGCAGAUGAGCAAGAAAUUAUGUGCAAACUCGAGAGCAUCAAGGAGAUCAGGAAUAAGACUUUGCAGAUGGAAAAAAUAAAGGCACGACUGAAAGCAGAAUUUGAAGCCCUGGAGUCUGAGGAGAGGCACCUGAAAGAGUACAAACAGGAAAUGGACCUGCUGCUGCAAGAGAAAAUGGCCCAUGUGGAGGAGCUGCGACUGAUCCAUGCUGAUAUUAAUGUGAUGGAGAAUACUAUCAAGCAGUCUGAGAAUGAUCUCAACAAGCUCUUGGAAUCUACUCGUCGCCUGCAUGAGGAGUACAAACCCCUGAAGGAGCAUGUAGAUGCUUUGCGGAUGACUCUGGGAUUGCAGAGGCUGCCAGACCUAUGUGAGGAGGAAGAGAAACUGUCCCUUGACUACUUUGAAAAGCAGAAGGCGGAAUGGCAGACAGAACCACAGGAGCCUCCCAUCCCAGAGUCUCUGGCUGCAGCUGCAGCGGCUGCCCAACAGCUGCAAGUGGCUAGGAAACAAGAUACCAGACAGACAGCAACUUUCAGACAACAGCCACCUCCAAUGAAGGCAUGUUUAUCAUGUCACCAACAAAUUCAUCGGAAUGCACCCAUAUGUCCACUCUGCAAAGCAAAGAGCCGAUCUCGGAAUCCCAAAAAGCCCAAGAGGAAACAGGACGAAUGAAACCCAGAAGAUUCACAAGCAGACAUGUGACCUGUUCCAGUACUCUUCCAGUAGAACUGCAAAUGUGGCCAGACUUUACUGAAGUGCAGACUCAAGUAUGACCGACCCCUUGUUUUCUACUUAAUGCAAUGUAAGCACAAUGUUCCUGUUCUGUCUUAAUUUCCUUCCAUCCAGCUCAACCAGGAUCUGGUUUUAGGAAAGUAAGUAUUACUGGUGCUACAGUUUAACAUUUCAAUCAUUCCGUAUUUUGGACUCCUAAACAAAGUGAAAUUAUUAUGCAAGUAUCCUAAAUGCCAGACUAUUCCUAUUGGCCAAAUGUGAUUACCACAAAUGCUUUUAUGUUCUCUUUUUAAAAACAAAUGUUACUAAAAGAUUGUUCUGUUUUCUCCUGAUAACAGGAGACUAUUUGAAGUGCUGAAAUAGCAGACUGUCUGUUUGUUUCA